GGGUGCUGGCGUGGGGGGGUUGGGAAAUGUAUCGUACGGGAAGCCGGUUGAAACUGUUAUAAUUAACUGAGAAUCAUGAUACGUGAAAGUGCAGUGACAUGACUGUUCCUAAUGAACCACUAGUCUUAUUCUUCGUGUGGUGUUUCUUGAAUAUCGGUAUGCUGACUAAUACAUAUUAUACUUUGUGAUUCGUUGUAAUGUGGGGUGACCAUGGCCCAUAUCAAAAUGUCAGGACGUAAGAGCGAGCAUUUUACGCCUGAAGAGUUUCCAAUGACUGUGAGGACAGAAGGCAGUGCACAACUCAUUACGGAAGAAGGAAGAAGAAACACUCACUGUGGUGUGGACGCACUAACGGAGGAUGAGCAGCACGCGCAUAAGACUGAAACAACGGGACUCCUGAAUACACAAACAAAGGCAUCACUGUACUUCAGGGAUAAAAAACGCAGUAUUGACUUUGUGAUUGUAUGGGAUGAGCACAAUGAAAAAGCAGUAACACAUGAAUCCCGUGAGAGGCGACGUAUAUUUGAAAAGAAUCUAAUUCAAGAAGGACUUGAACUUGAAUAUGAAAAGCCAGAACCAAAUGGAUUGGUUUUUAUUAAGAUCCAUGCACCGAUGGAGGUGCUGCGACGGUAUGGUGAGAUUCUCAAGCUCCGUAUGCCAAUGAAAGAGGAUCUAUGCCAGGUCCACAAGAUCGUUAGAAUGAAUCCCUUGUUGCAUGCAACAUUUUUCCUGUCACAAAAGAUCCCAGCACUGCAAGAAGUUCAUCAGAAAACGCACAACAUUUUGGAUGGAGUCACUUCGUUAGCUGCUCGUGCUACAGCUCCUCUUAAAGUGGAUCCAACACUUUUUCCUAAAUCCAACCAGCGUUAUACAGCUGUUUACAGCAGAGACCGGGAGUACUUGUUUGAUAUAAAGGCACCUGGGUUUUUUACACCAGCCAUCCAUUCACGUAUUGUGCAGUUCAUACUUGAUCGCAACCGUUUCUCAGAAGCUGAACAUGAUGACUUUGCAUUUGGUAUUGAAAGACUCAUUGCAGAAGCAGCUUAUGUUGCAGCAUAUCCUCUGCAUGAUGGUGAUCUCAAAACAACAGGCAGUAUGCGCUACAAGCUGUACACGGAGUGGGCUUCCGUCUCCAAGUGCUUCCACUACCAGCCACUGGAUUACAUCAAGGAAUAUUUUGGUGUCAAAAUUGCCUUGUAUUUUGCGUGGUUGGGCUUCUAUACACACAUGCUGUUACCUGCCUCUGUUGUUGGAAUAAUCUGUUUCAUAUACAGCUGUGUUACGCUUUAUGACAAUCAACCAAGUGAAGACAUCUGUAACAGUCAACUAAACAUCACCAUGUGUCCUCUGUGUGACUACUUCUGUAGUUUCUGGAAUCUUACAGAAACAUGUCUUCAUGCACGAAUAACGUAUCUUUUUGACAAUCCUACAACAGUCUUCUUUGCCGUAUUCAUGUCAUUUUGGGCUGCAACAUUCUUAGGUCUAUGGAAGCGCUACUCUGCUGAAAUCACACAUCGCUGGGACCUCACUGCAUUCGAUAUCCGAGAGGAACACCCCAGGCCGCAGUAUUUGGCCAGGCUUGCACACGUAAAGCGCAAGCACAUCAACAUUGUUACCAACACCAUGGAACCAUGUGUGCCCUUUUGGAAAGUCCGCCUUCCAGCUACAAUUCUCAGUUUUUCUGUCGUCAUGCUUUUGGUAGCACUAGCAGUUGCUGCUGUUCUGGGUGUUGUGUUGUAUCGGAUGUCUCUUAUGGCUGCACUAUCAGUUUGUAAUGAAAAACUGGAUGCAAGCUGUGCGUUCAAAAGUUAUGCCAUGAUUUUUACAACUGCAACAGCUGCUUCCAUUAAUCUUUGUUGCAUCAUGGUCUUCAAUUAUGUUUACCAGUGGCUUGCAGAACUUUUAACAGAGUUGGAACUUCUACGUACACAGACCGAAUUUGAUGAUAGUCUCACACUUAAAAUCUAUCUUCUUCAGUUUGUAAAUUAUUAUGCUUCUAUAUUCUACAUAGCAUUUUUCAAAGGCAAAUUUGUGGGAUAUCCAAAAGAGUACAAUCGUCUCUUCUCAUACAGGCAGGAAGAGUGCAGUCCUGGAGGAUGUCUAAUGGAGUUAUGCAUUCAGCUUGGAAUUAUAAUGAUUGGCAAACAAGCUAUGAACACACUACUUGAAAUGUUAUUUCCAUUAUUCUUCAAAUGGCUGAAUACACUGAAAGUGAAGACAGGAUUUCGGAAGAAAGGACUGGAAUCAUGCCGGUCAAGGUGGAUGAAAGACUUUAAACUAGUGGAAUGGGGCCCACGUGGACUCUUUCCAGAAUAUCUUGAGAUGGUGCUGCAGUAUGGUUUUGUUACCAUUUUUGUGGCUGCUUUCCCAUUGGCACCAUUCUUCGCAUUACUGAACAAUAUUCUUGAGAUGCGUCUGGAUGCCAAAAAGUUGCUAACUUUUUACCGGAGGCCAGUAACACAGCGUGUCAGAGAUAUUGGUGUCUGGUUUCGUAUCUUGGACUCAAUUGGAAAAUUGUCUGUAAUUAGUAAUGGAUUCAUCAUUGCCUUCACAUCAGACUUCAUACCCCGUAUGGUGUACAGAUUGACUGUCUCACCUGACCAUACUUUAAAGGGAUACCUGAAUCAUUCAUUAUCAUACUUCAAUACAAGUGAUUUUGAGCCAGGUUCGGAGCCACAAGUUGGCAAUGGAGAUGUGACUAUAUGCAGGUAUCCUGAUUUCCGUGAGCCUCCUUGGUCACCCAACAAGUAUGAAAAAACAGCAAUGUUCUGGCAUGUCCUAGCUGCCCGACUUGCUUUUGUUGUUGUGUUUGAGAAUGUGGUAGCCCUUGUGAUGAUACUUGUCCGAUGGGGAAUACCUGAUAUGCCAGGUGAUUUGCGUGACCAGAUCCGCCGUGAGACAUACAUAACUAAUGAGAUCAUCAUAAGACAAGAGGCGAUGAGGGCACGGGGUGACAUACCAGAAGAGGGUGACUUGUUGUUGGGAGGAGGAACAGAAAAUGAUGAUGAUUCUGAUGAUGGGGACGGGCCAGCAACUGUUUUUUGGCACAAGAUGACAGGUUCUGAAUUGGACUUAGCAGGAGUUGGUUUGCCUACAGAGAACAGUAUUGGAAUCGGACGGGGAACGUCGCAGUCGGGGCCUGUUGCUGUUUGAAGCCAGCUCCUGUGCACACACACUGCCUUUUUCGCAUUGCUACUUAUUAAAGAAUAUAAUAUAUUCACAUAAUGAAACUUUUGAAAGGUAAUGUAACCGAAUUGUGGUAAAUAAACCACUCAGUGAGUACAGUGACCAAAAAAGAGAAUAUAUUUCAUUUGUAAAGUUGUUAAAAGUUAUAAUGUAUUGAAGGUGUUUUAUGUGUUUUGAUGUCUAAAUUUGUAUGUAUUCCUGCCAUAAUAUUUACUCCAAGUACAGAAGGUAUUACAACAUAUUGCCCAUAUUUUAAAUUUAAGUGUUUUUUGUAAUAAAUAUCAUCAACAAUAUUGUGAUGAGAAGCUGCUAUGCAGAAACAAUUCCAUUCAUAUUUAAUGUACAAUAUUUUAUUAAUGAGUUCAUGCAAUAUUUUCAAUCUCUGCAUGAAAUUUCAAUUGCAUUGGAAGGCUGUGACAGGUUGUGCAAUAUAGAUGGAAAACUAUUUUAUCUCUUAACAGUUAAAUAUCCAGCUUUGUGUAGGAUUGUUGUGCUAGUAUUUUAAAAAUAAUGACACAUUGUUUGGAACACUAGUGACAAAUCACAAAGUGAUAUUAGUUCCUACUACACUAAGUGUAGUCAAUUUUAACUCUUUGAAUUUCUUAAUAGUCUAACAUAAUACCAAGUAUAUUGUAAUGUUAAAGCUUUACAGAUGUUUUGACAUUAUUGGUGUUACAUAUCAUACUUCAUUUUGUAUAUUAGACUUGAUCAUAUCAAGCAAAGGAAAUUAAGCAGUUAUGGCAUGUUGUCAAGAAUAUUUUGUGCUUCCAUGUCAAUUAUUGGUUGGUCAGAGCUUUUAAUAGUAUCAUUUUGUAUCACCAAGUACAGAAAAAAAUACAGCACAGCCAUAGGGGAAGUCCCAUGGGUUGUAUGUGCCACUGCCUUAGUUUUUGACAUUGUGGCAUACAAAAUUGUAUUACAGUAUUACAUCUCAGAACAGAUUUGCACUUCUUUAUCUGUUCAGUCAUUGUUUGGCACACAAUACAUGCUAUCAAAACAACUAAAAGAGAUGUACCACACAAAACUGGUAUGAAAAGAAAUGGAAUAAGAGGAAAUUGCAUUAGCUAGCACUGUUUGCACUGUUGCCCUUCUGUGCUAUCAGCAUAAUCUAUUAUUGUGUGACACAUUCUCUAUGAGGUGCUUGACUGUUGUCCUCAAGGCUAUUGCAUUGUACUGUGUUUAUGUGUGAGUUGCCCUAAGUGCUGUUCUGUGCCACGUGCUUCAUGCAUCAUCUGAUGCCAUCAGGUUCCUGUCAGCAUUCAGCAUAGACUGAUUCAGUUUUAGAAGAAUAUUCUUUGAAAAGAGCACUGUUUGUGUGGCCAUUACCACAAUAAAAAUGAGUAUGUUACCUGUUUUUGUUCAUCCGCCUUCUGUUCUUCCACUUAAACCUGUGUGUCAUGAUUGCCAUUUCAGGAGAUCUUGCCAUACUAUAAUCCAAAUGCUAUUACUCACAUGUACAUGGACAAACACAGUUGUGUGUGUGUGUGUGUGUGUGUGUGUGUGUGUGUGUGUGUGUGUGUGUGAGAGAGAGAGAGAGUGCGUGUCCUCAGAAACCAAUAUGAAAACCAGAAAUAUUGUAAUACAUCUUGAUUGAGAUUGACACAAUUCUAGUUGUCUACUGUAGGGACUCUUAAUUUCUGCAUGCACCACAAUUCUAAGCAUGUGGGAAAAGAAUAGAUUUCCUUGCCAUGAAUCAGGAGAAAUCUACAUACUUUGGAAACAUAGUAUUUCUGUCAACCUUUACCACCAAGAAACUGUUAAACUGCUGUUCUCGAAUGCUGUUUUUAUUGUGUGUUUCAUAACUGUGCACAAUAAUACAUGGUUCCCUGGUUCCUUGUCCGUUAUAGGUGCUGGCUACACUACCUCUUUUUCAGUGCAUGAAACAUUAUGUGCUUAGUUCAAAAGACAAAAAACAGAACCAAUUUCAGGUCCCACUCGUCUGUAGCAGCACUACAUGAGUGAACAAGAGCUAUCCUCCUCCUCCUCCUCCUCCUCAGCUUCCUCGCUUCUGUAAUUCUGUCCCCAUUACACUCUUAUCCCGAGCUAGACAACACAGCAGUAAGGCAGUGGACUUGCUUUCAGGAAAGCAGUUGAAAUCCCCAUCCAGAUUUUUCUUUGUAUCCCCAAAAUCAGAUACGGCAAAAGCCAGUAUAGUCCCUUUGAAGACAACAGGUCCAGUUCCCUUCCCAGUCUGAGCUGUUGUGUCAUUUCAAAUGCGUUCGGCAUUAAUCCAUGAUCUUCCUUCCUUUUGCACCUCUUAGAACCAAGAAUUCAUUUACACCUCUCACAGAAGCCACAACACUGAUGUUGUCCCAUUACUUCAAUUAAUUACAUUAUUUUUCAAAAUUACAGAGAACUGACCUCAGAUAAGCAUAUACAAAAUGUAACCAAGUGACAUUUUAAAAAUGAGCCCCUAAAGUACAAGUGGUGUAACUAACAUUAUCUUUGCGUUGAGAUAUUUAAUGUUUUAUUAGAAUCGUUAUACAAAAGUCAGCUAAGUAUAAUUUCGUGGUUUUUUUUUUUUUUUUACCUUAAAUGUCCUCAUUAAGCUUAAUGUUAACUUAAAUUUAAAUUUUUUGAAAAUUCAUUAAGUUUUUGUGUGUUUACAGGUGUGUAACUGUAGUUACACCACUUGUGUCGUAGCCAGGAGGAGGAUAUUAUUGAUAACAAAAACAUUCAUGACAGUAAAAUAUACUGUAUUGAUAAGUUUAAUACCCUCGGUUAACAUUAUUUUGUACUCAAUGUAACUGCUUGCAUAUGAGUUAGGUAGUGGGCCACUUCUUGUAGUAGUUGUGAUGAACUGGGGGAUUGUACGAUAAAAGGUCUAUCAUGACAACAAAAACAAUCAAUUAUUGACAAAACUGGUGUUAUUGACAAAAUUAUUUAAAUGGAUAGAUAAAAAAUCCACUCACCAAGCAGUGGCAGAACAUACACGUAGAAGACGGUUGUAAUUGGCAAGCUUUCGGAGCCAGUGGCUCCUCCUUCGGGCAGAAGGGCUGAAGAGCAAGGAAGAGCGAUGAAGGGAAAGAACUGGAGAGGUCUAGGAAAAGGGGUAGAUUUUGGGAAAGUCACUCAGAACCGUGAGUCAGCAGAGACUUACCGUAAAGGAUGAGAAGGAAAGACUGACUGUUGGGGACUGCCAUUGGCUCCGAAAGCUUGCCAAUUACAACUGUAUUUUAUGUGUGUGUUCUGCCACUGCCUGGUGCAAAGGUCUAUCAUGUUAUUUUUUUAUUUUCCUUUGUGACAGGGAGUGGAUCUCUGUAAAGCUUGUCUUGAUCGAUAUUAUGAACGUUGACAGGUUACCCAUUUUUCAAUGUUAGUGUAAAGUUUAACUUAUAAAACAGCACGUCUUCUGAAACUGUGUCCUUAAAAAGAAACAUGAAUGGUUCACUCCUUUGGUACCGAAUCCAUUGCGUGGUUAACCACGACACAAGGUAUCCCUCACUGUUGUUCCUAUUUAGUAGGUUUUCAGUAGACAAAAAGUCAUUGUUGGGCAUAACAGCAACACGAAUUAUAUAUGCCUAUAAAUGACCUGUUACCAAUCAUUAGUAGUGAAAAUCUAUUACGUCCUGCUGAAAUUUUCUAAAGUGAAGUUUAUGGUCCUGCUUAAGCCUUCUCUUUUCUUCUUAAUCUGUUGUUUAUUUGAGUUUAUUGACGAAAACACCAUGCUUUCACAAGUGUCAUAGUGCAGAGGAUGGAAGUGGAAAUUGAACUCAUUGUUGAAAGUUCUACGAUAAAUGUGCUCUUCCACAGGUUGAUUUCCUUGGCUUACAAUAUGGGUCUUUGAACACAUUGUAUAGCAGUCAUAUCUUUAAAUCUUCUGAUAAAUACUUUCUGUUUGGGUUAUGGCUUCUUGUGUACUGUGAUUGAUAACAGGGAAAUGAUGAAAUUUGUUCCCUUACUAGUACCAUUUUUUCGUCAGGGGUUUUGUUUGCAGGAAUUUUCUUGCCUCAUUUGUCAUCACCUGGGGACUCUCCAGUAUUCACUUUCUUAAGGGCUCACGUUAUUCUCCUAUCAGUUUUUACAUACAAUUUCAUUUUUGCCAUCAACAAUCAGAUACAUGUACUAGUAGUACUGUUUCCUUUUUGGCAUUAGUUGUUGAUUGACAACAUUGUGGUGAUUCUUCUUUGGCAAGGCCACAUAUCAAUGUGUUUUGAGCAGAAUAAGUUUCAUUUUUCCAAGAAGACUCAUAAACACUUGAUCAUUCUUGCUCUGAAAUUCUAUUUAAACAUGACGUUUUUUUUUUUUUUUUUUUUACACAGCAUCAGUUGGGAUUUCUAAAUUCUUUUCCAGCAACAGUUCUUGCUUUUCUUGUAGUGUAAGUUUUCCCUACAUUACAUUUUCUUUGUCUUUCCUCAUGUUUCCACUCACUUUUCUUUCUUUUUCAACUUCUCUUUGGCUGGCCCUCUACAACUGCUUCUGCUUCAACGCCAACACUUUGUUCGAAUUUCUCAUCUUCUGAAACAAAGAAAUUACCAUAGGUGAAUCCUGUAAAAUUACAGAAAAGUUGUAUCGGUCAUUAUAAUUUUCAUAAAGGUACAGACAGUAGGGCUACGUGUUUUAUUGAACAUUUUUGUUUCCUUUUAUUUACUGUUAUGGUCUCAUAGAUACCCAGAUUUACAACCUCUGCUACACACAGUAGGCUUAAAUGCUGACAAGACUAGUGGUGUAACCCCAUUUUUAGAUUAUCUGCGCAUUUAAUUUUUAAUAAUGUGACAUGUUUUGGCUCUUAAAAUAUACUUAAUAUACAAAUCUUUAAUGUAAUGAAAGCUUGUAAGCACAUUGAGCUUUAAAUAAUUAAGAGUAAUGUAUAAAAAAUAAAAGAAAUGAACAACUCUUACCUGCAAUAUAGGACAGACUAAGUUUGAUGAUAAAUACUAAUCUUUGGAUCCAUUAUCUGCCAAAUUACUUGGCUCACCAAUAUUCUCUUCAUCAAUGGAGUCCAUGGUAAACUAUACUGGACUUAAAGUAAUAAAGUUCUGUAGUUUGAACAAAAAAAUGUACUCUGUGUAUCAACACAACUGGAUUACAGUUGCACAUCUAGUAGUGUAACUCCCAGUUGCACCACUUGUGUUGUCUGCUAACAGAUGGAGUCACUGACUGCAAAAACGUCUGCUGCUACCUAUGCAGUAGCUGGUGCUUUACAACUUAGUUUGUGCACCAUCGUAAAUUAUUGUAUAUAUACUAUCCAGAGCGUACAGUUUGCAGUGCUGCUCUGCAGACAGUUGUCACCUUAUAUACUACACCAUUUCUGCAAUUAACAGAACUAUUUUUUUCUGAACAAGAUCCUAUUACUAGCUGAGAGAGGAGAGAGCACGGAGGGGGGGAUAUACACAACUUGUGCUUUAAGGUGCUCAAAUGUAAAGCACUGCAGGUGAAAUGCUUAACAUUUUUUGCCAGUAAAACUAUGACUAAAGGAGAUGUGAGAGAGAAACAUAAGCAGUCAUGUUCUGGAAACUUUUCAUGAUUGGGCACUGAACCAAUGUUUCAGACUAUGGAUAUUUUGGUUUGUGCACUUCUAAGUAACCUUUGCUUCCCCACAGUAUAUUAUUCCAUUUGGCAGACUUAAAAGACAAAUUCUCUUGAGGCAAACAUUCAACACAUCUUCAUCAAAAGUUAUCUUCUUACAAAUUUCCUAGUAGUAAGAUUCACGCCCUCAGAUUCCGUAAUAAGGUGCUAAAGCAUGGUGAUGAAAAACAGAGCUAGGCACAGAAGCUGCAUUUCUUCUCAGUGCGCAGUGCAUUGGUAUAGUGGUGCUUUUAAAUAUGCUGUGUGUAGACAUCUUCAUCAUACGAAGAUAAAUUGCACUAGAAUUGUAGGUUUCAUGGCUGUGCAAAUAGCAUUUGUUAUAAUGCUUCUCAAACACAAAGAUCAGUGCCAGUGUCAAUAUGAACAUACAAUAUGUAGAGGGAAUGAAAUGACACAAUUUUUUUUACUAUAUACGUGUGUGUGUGUGUGUGUGUGUGUGUGUGUGUGUGUGUGUGUGUGUAUGUGUAUGUGUGUGUGUGUGUGUGUGUGCGUGUGCGCGUGUGUUCAUCUCUUUAUUUGUAAAAUUCUGUACUUAAUGACUAUUUUAGUAAUCAAAUGAAAAGUAAAUUUUCUGAGAAAUGGAUGUGUGAGCAAGAGUUGUAGCAAAACAAAGAGUAAAAACUAUGGACUGAUAAAGCAAUAAAAUAUUGGAAGAAUAUUAAA